AUGGCGGCGUCACACGCGUCGUACUUAACAACGGGAUAUCUUUUUAGAGUUAUUUUCAAAGAGAUAAGCUUGUUCAAAAGAAGUUGGUGUGCAGGGUUCAAGACAGUUAGAGGUUGUUCAUUAUUAUCUGGGCCACAUCCAUUUCUGUCAGCAUCUCGUACUGGAAAUGAACGCAGUGAACUGCUCAGCCGCUAUGACAGCCUUGUGUGCUCCGCCUCCCUACGAGAAGAUGCCCAGCAGAGAACUGCACUGUAUCAAUUAGAGCAGUUAAACAGAGUUAUGAAAGACUAUAACAACAUCCCAAUGUAUGUCUCUCCACCCAAAGACUAUAGUUUAAUAAGUCAAUUCAGAAAUGAUUCAGAACUGGAGAAUACACUAAAGCCAAGGGGAAGGGAGGCAGACAGAAGAGUAAAACCUAGCAGGCCUGAAGACAUUUUGUCAAAUGAAAAAGAUGAUGAAAAUGACACACAUGAGGAGGUCCCAAAGCCACAACCUCCCUGUGGUCACUAUAUCUAUGGUGAUGUUGGCACUGGAAAAACAAUGUUGAUGGAUCUUUUUUAUUCAUGUGUGGAAAACAGCAGAAAAAAGAGGGUUCAUUUCAAUGCAUUCAUGUUAGAUGUACAUAGAAGGAUCCACAAACUAAAACGGAGCCUGCCAAAGCGAAGGAUAGGUAAAAUGACAAUGUAUGACCCCAUCUUUCUGGUUGCUAUGGAGAUCGCAGAGGAAACCUGUCUCAUAUGCUUUGAUGAGUUUCAGGUGGUGGAUGUAGCAGACGCUAUGAUUCUGAAGCAGUUAUUUGAGGGCUUGUUCAAAUGUGGUGUGGUGGUCGUUGCUACCUCAAACCGGCCACCUGAAGAACUGUACAAAAACGGGCUUCAGAGGGCUGCUUUUGUGCCUUUCAUUGGCGUACUCAAGAAGCACUGUCACGCUAUCAAUCUUAACACCGGAAAAGACUACCGCACAAUAGAAAUGGAACUAGCAGGGCGUCUGUACUACAUAUCAAGUGAGCCUGAUGCUGAGAAUGCUGUCAAUACUCUAUUUGAGGAACUGGCUUACAGACAAAAUGAUGUAACCAGGCCAAGGGUAUUGAAAGUGCACGGAAGAGAGGUUACCUUGAGCCUGACAUGUGGUACCAUGGCAGACUGCACCUUCCAAGAACUGUGUGAGCGACCAUUAGGUGCAGUUGAUUAUUUAGAAAUCGCGCAGCAUUUUGACACAGUCAUCAUACGAAAUGUACCUCAACUACGAGUUGGAAUGAAGGACCAAGCUAGACGCUUCAUCACACUCAUUGACAAUUUUUACGACCAAAAGGUCAGAGUUGUAAUGUUGGCCGAUGCACCGCUAGACUGCCUCUUUGAUCAGGGACCCAUGACUGGAGAGGAGGCGAGAGAUCGGCUAAUGCUAGAUGAACUCGGCCUGACAGAUGAGGCCAGUAGUCGGUUGACGCUGUUUACAGCGGAGGAGGAGACCUUUGCGUUUCAGAGGACAGUGUCUCGCCUUACAGAGAUGCAGACUGAACAGUAUUGGAUUAGGGGGGAUCGGAGUAAGAAAUGAACUAAACCUCUCUUGCCAUCUACAACUACCUCAAAAUCACAGAACACAUUAAACAUAUCUGCAGAGUCAAAACCUUAAGCACUCAUACUGCAAACCAUAUAUUGUUACUUAACUAUCUUUAAAGCAAACAGAAAAAGCUAUAUGUUUGCUGUACUUUUAGGGAAAGUUUAAGCAAGCAUGUAAAAGUGGGUGCGCAUGCUGGGUAAUGAGAAGAUGUCUAGCGCCCCCUAGUGGAUAGUACACUUUUUGGAGUUUGGACGAGGACACACAGACCCAACAUUCAAAGUCAAAUAUGAGGGGGGAAGAAUGUUCAUUUUAAAUGUAAUACCAAAGUAGACCUAUUUAUUUCAAUCAAAUGUGUCUAAUGUGAUUUUUUGCAAUUAUGUUGAUUAAAUUAUUGAAAUGGGUCAAAUAAAACUGUCUUUCAAUGUCUUUCACUGGUUCUGGUAAUAUUGAAAAGCUGGACUGAACAGACCUCCACGGACGAAAAAAAUAUAAACUGCAAGAGUGAGUAAUAAGGCCUCUGCAACAGUUUUCCAUUGUAGUUUCUCCUUUCGGUCUCAAGGUGGCAGCAUAAGAGUACUGUUGCCUCCACGUGCUCUGUUUUUGUUUUAAGAUGACAUUAUUAAAACAUA